AUGCGCGCUACAUCCCCAUUGGUCUUCUCCCUCGCCGCCGCCCUCCCACUCACCCAACCGAGCAAAGCCACCACCACAACAACAACAACAACAACAACAACAACAACAGCAUGCCUGCCACCCUCAAACCUCGCAUGCACCGAAGCCGCCUUCGGAUCCUGCUGCGAUCCACCUCUCAAUAGCACCACCGCAGUCACAUCGGUAAGGCCAGCCGCAGUCGCCUCUGCAUGCACAUCCAACGCCCUCCAAAACCCCUCCUUCGAAUCCGGCAUCCUCGACCCAUGGACCUGCUACGCCCUGGGCUCCUGGGCAUCCCGCGACGUCGUCUCCAGCCCGUCAUCCGCGCAUUCGGGAUCCCACCUCUUCCAGGGCCUGAGCAACAGCACGAACGCGUCUUCCAUCACGCUCUCGCAGAUGGGCAUCAACGUCGCGGCUGGCACCAUCGUUGAAUGCGGGGCUUGGGUGUAUGCGAGCGGGGAUAUGGGCGCGGAGGGGAGCACAACGUUUGAGGUUUUCCUCGAUGCGGUGAGUUGCGGGAGCGUGGAGGUCAAGAGUGGGAAUGGAGGAGGGAUGGGCGAAUGGAAGAUGCUGGGGAAGAGCGUCGAGGUUGGGGACGACCAGGGCAUGGGGCAUAUGCUUGCCGUGGUGGUGGUAGCGAAUGCGGGGGGUGUGAUGGGCGCUGGCGUUGAGGUCGGCGUUGAUGAUGUGUGGGUUGGGGAGUGCUGA